AUGAACUGGGCCAAGACUGGAAACAGCAAUGUCCACUACGUGGCCAACCAGACCUCCCAGGGAGACCGGAUACCCGUCGAGGAGCUGGAUGACGAAGAGUACAACCAACUCUUCGAUGAAAAGGCAUGCAUCUAUGAUGAGUCCAGGAACCGCUGGGACAAGGGCUGGUCCAACAACUGCUGGAGGUUUUGGUGCUGGCCGCGCUGGCCGGGGGUGGAAGGGAUUAAAGCGAUUGAAGCGCUACGCGGGGCUGCAAUGUCUCCCCAGCGGCCCCGGCGCAGUGCGGCUGAUUCUGAUGUCGUGCAAAAGCCGUGUACUGGAACCAUGUGA